AACCAAAUCGACUUUGUCUUCUUCUCUCCUGUGACUCACUCUUUUGAUCUUAAGGGAACGGAAAAAAAGAAAAGAAAGAAAAACGACUCCAGCUCUUCCUUGGUGACACAAUCUCGAUUAAGUGCUUUGAGGUUUUGGGCUUGGUCUGGGUGGCUCUGUGAUUUUUGAAUUAGGCUUGGCGGCUUUAACACUUUUGGAAUUUAGCCUUGGAAGCUUGGAGAAUUUUAGUCAUGGCACCUGGUCGUCGCACCACUCGAUCUACUGCUCAAAGUCAACAAGUUGAACCAGUCAUUGAUCCUCAUGCUCCACCUUCACAAGUUGUUCGCACUACUCGGUCGAGUAUAGAGAAUCAACAAGUUGAACCAGUCAUUGAUCCUCCUGCUCCACCUACACAAGUUAUUCGCACUACUCGGUCGAGUUUAGAGAAUCAACAAGUUUGUCGCACCACUCGAUCUACGGUACUAAGUCAACGACCUAGAACCACCGCAUAAUCUAAUGUAGAGGGAGAACACCCUUAAGGCUCCACACACCCUACUGUACAGGGUGAACAAGUCAAUGUGAUGACCCAUUUUGAUACCGAAGAUGAUAAUCAAUCUUCCCAAGUUCCAUCUGGACAAACAUCUUCCUUUAAGCCACGUGGAGUUACUCGCGGCUUGACAACUACAACUAUAGCUAAGGCAUCAUCAACUGGAAAGUUGUCAGUGACUUUUAAUGCAGAGUGUCGUCAACCAAUUUGUACUAAUGCUGAGAAAUUUAAUAAUGAGAUUGGAUUCAUUAUUCGGAAUCAUGGUACAUUUCAUUAUAAAGAGUGGAGAAUGGUCCCAGAAGAUGUGAGAGCUCCAUUGCGACACUAUCUUUUGGAACAUUUUGACAUCAACUUGAAUGAUGAGACAACUAAAAAAUGCAUUGAUGAGCAAAUGAAAAAAGCUUGGAAGGGUCAUAAGUACAAGCUACACUUAUAUUUCAAAGAAAUUGGAGGAGAAAAUGAUCUUGAGAUGGCCAAGAGCAAACGUCAUCCAGACUUAAAAGAAGAACAUCAAGAAGAUUGGAUAAUUUUGUGUGAACGUUGGUGUUCUCCUGAAUUUAAGGAAAGAGCAUUAAAGAAUACUACCAAUCGAUCAAAGAGGAAAUUGGAGUCGAAAAAUGGUUCAGUCUCCACACCAUGA